AACACCCACUUUAGUGGCAGCCAUUACUGUCGUAAGAGUCAGUCAGAAGUUAAACCAUGGACCCCCGUACCAGUGCCCAGGACGUGAUGCGAUGUGACCUGUGUGAGACCGCUGUGGUACAGAUGCACUGUGAUACAUGUCUUGUCAACCUGUGUACAGCUUGUGUAGGAAAACACAUGAUAUCUGAUGAAUCCAAGGACCACAAGGUCGUCAAAUUUCAGGCCAGGAAAUCCACCCCCCUCUACCCUGGAUGCAAAUCUCAUAGCAAACAGCAAUGUACAAUGCACUGUGAUCAAUGUGACAUUCCUGUUUGUACAAAGUGUCUAGCAUCUGAUCAACAUCUGUGUCAUAAAUUAUCAGAAAUCUUACAGAUUGUGGAUGAGAAAAAAGUCAAGAUUUUCAAAGAACAAACUGAAUUAAAGGAGAAAAUUUAUCCAACCUACCAGGACAUUGCCUCUGAUGUACAAAACAGAAUGAGUCAGUUAGAAAAGGAAUAUGGAGAUCUCUCAACAGCCAUAACAAAACAUGGAGAGGACUGGCACAGAGAAAUUGACAAACUUGUCAAGAAACUUAAAGCUGAAGUUGAUGAGAUGAAAAACACACAGUUACAAACUCUACAAAAACAUCUGGAUGAAAUAAACAAGGCAAUGUCUGAAAUCAAGGAUAAAAUAGAUUUAGUUGAAAUAGCUAUAAACACUAAUGAUUUGUCAAAACUAUUUAAAGUCACUUCAAAUGUAAAUAUAUACAGAAGCCUUCCACAAAAACUAGUACCAACUUUAUCCAAAUUCAUUCCAGAAAAAAUUCAAGGAGAAAAACUCAGUAAAUUGUUUGGAACAUUAUCAUCAAGUUCUUUAACUUCAGAUAAAGAUGGCUACAGCAUGAAGACAACACAGAAAUCAUCAGAAGCUGGAUCCUCUCCUCCAGUCAAACAACUUCUUGAUGAACCAGAAACUGUUACCACCAUAGACACUGGGUAUGAUAGAUACCUUUUCAAUGUGGCCUGUCUGAGUGAUGAAGAAAUCUGGACAAGUGGAAAUGAAAACACCAUGAAACUCUACAGCACCAAUCAGGGAUCACUACUCAAGUCAAUCAGAACCAAGUCAAGGAACAAUCCAACUGACAUAGCAGUGACAAAAAGUGGAGAUCUAGUUUAUACUGAUUAUGGUGAUAGAACUGUGAACAUUGUGAAGAGUGAGAAGAUAGAGGAGAUGAUCAGACUACAGAACUGGAGACCUUGCUUUGUCUGUAGUACCUCCUCUGGUGACCUCCUGGUUAUCAUGAUCAGUGAUGAUUACAAACAAACAAAAGUUGUCCGUUACUCUGGCUUCACAGAGAAACAAACCAUUCAGUUUGAUGAUAAAGGUAAACCUCUCUAUUCAUCUGGUUCCUAUAGCAGAUACAUAACAGAGAACAGGAACCUGGAUAUUUGUGUGUCUGAAUGUGAAGCUAAAGCAGUAGUGGUGGUCAAUCAGGCCGGGAAACUGAGAUUCAGGUACACUGGACAUACUCCUGCUCCAAAGAAUCAAACAUUCUAUCCACGAGGAAUUGCCACAGACAGUCAGAGUCACAUCCUUACAGCUGAUUGUUACAAUGACUGUGUCCACAUCAUAGACCAGGAUGGACAGUUCCUCUGUUACAUAGAUUGUGGACUGAGUGAACCCUGGGGACUGUGUACAGAUACAAAUGACAAUCUGUUUGUUGCUCAUUGGGAGAACAGACAAGUGAAGAAAAUAAAAUACAUGUGUUGAUAUUAGGGCUGUGUAUUGAUCAAAUAAAACCUAUAUGACACAAUACAAUACAACUUAAAAGCCACUAUGCAGUGUAUCAAUGCUUUUUAAUUAGUUGUAUCACGUGUAUUUGAAAACUUCCUAUAAAUUAAUUUUUAAAAAUAAUGAUCCGAAUCUUAUCAUCAGAGAGAAUUUGUAGUUAACAUGGUUAAGUUGUUAUAUGAUUAAAUUGAUGCAUGUAGUAACAUUACAAAUUACUCUAAAUGUGAUGAGAUCAAAUGUAAGGAAUGACAUUCAUUUUUGUACAUGUAUAUUAUGUCCUUUAUUACUAUGACCAAACAAUGGCUGAAGAAACCAUAUUAGUUCUAAGAACCACCACUACAGGUGAACACAACCCAUCCUGUAGACUAUCAUAUAGCAUGCUAGCAUAAAAUUGUGUAAUUUUGGAUGCAAAUGCAACCAUUUUAGAUACAACUUGGAACACUGAAUGUCUGGUUUAUAUCAUUUUUGUUAAACCACUUUGAGCAAUUUCUGUAUGGUAAAACAUGAUGAUGGUUAUUAUGAAGUCAAUGGGACCUACAUGUAUGAAAUCACUUCGGUAUAUCUGUAAUACAUUAUAUCCAUAUAAGAAAUUUGUUAA